AUGCGGCGCUUGAGGUGGAAGAGAUCCCGGAUUCGAAGUAUUUCCGGGAUGACGGCAUCGAGGUUCUUCUCAAGGACUUGGAGGCCGCCUUUGGUGAACGAUGCAGGGCGAGCGUUGAUGCUUUCGUGCGACGCUACAAGUUGUACGAGAGGAAGCUUCAGGACGCUAAGGUUGCUGCCUAUCCCUCAGAGACGAGGGCGGUCAAGCUGUUGGAUGGUUUGCGUAUGA